UCGUCCUCAACUACGUCGCCAACGACGCUGAGGUGCAGGCCGCCCUCCAGUACCUUAUGUCGGACGAGUUCGAGAGCAUCGUCGUCUACGUCGACCAGCAGCCCGAGCUGUGCGAUCUGCUCAACUUCCUCGAGUCCUCUGGCCUUGACCCCUACGGCUUCCUCAACACGAUCCACGACUUCCUGGGCAUUCCUCAGAUUACGAAACCCGCCAGCAGAAUGAGGAGGAGCAGCAGGAGCCUCAAGUCCAUGCUCGAUGAGAUCCUCGCCAUCCUCCCAGUCGACGAGCUGAAGGCUCUCUACCACGAGAAGCUGGAGACCAGCGCCGACUUUGCUGAACUCAUCAACAGGCUCAGCUCGGACGAGUUCCACCAACUGGUGCUGCGUGUUGUGGAGCUGGAUGCUGUGCAGGACUUGAUCCAGAUGCUGAGCGACGCCGGUAUCGAUGUGGACUCCAUCAUGGACUUCUUCAGGAAGAUCUUCGGUUGGACGUUUUAA